AACGGAGUGUCUCUUCCGGGCUUACUGCAGCCUACAUCUCAGUGAGGCAUUCUGGUGAUAUCCGUGUAUGCGUAAAAUGUAUUUGAGAGCAGUAUUGAUGCUUCUUAAAUAACGCCUGUACAUAUGCUGGAAGUGCCUACAUUUCCCGAGAAGCAAGUGAAAAUUUCCGGGUAACGUUCCCGCAUUGUCGCCUAUGAAUAAGUAGUCUUGCCUAAGAAGAAUUCAAUCAUGACAAAAUGGCGAGCGGUGUUGGAAAGCACAAAUUAUCCUUGGGACCCACAGAGCCAUGGUCGGUGAGGGAGAAGCUAUGCCUGGCCUCCUCCGUUAUGAAGAGCGGAGACCAGAAUUGGGUGUCUGUCAGUCGAGCCAUCAGACCUUUUGCAGAGCCUGGGCGGCCACCUGAUUGGUUCUCCCAAAAGCAUUGUGCUUCCCAGUACUCCGAGCUCCUUGAGACAACCGAAGCUCCAAAGAGAAAGCGCGGAGAGAAAGGAGAGGUUGUGGAAACGAUAGAGGAUGUGAUUGUGCGGAAGCUAACAGCGGAACGCAUUGAGGAGCUGAAGAGGUUGAUCAGAGACACUCAGGAGAAGCACAGGAAGCUGAAGAGAGAAGCUGAGUUGAUUCAGGCAGGACAUCUGGAUUCAAAGCUGGGGGAGCUCUGGGGGGAGAUCGUACAGAAGAAGAAACAGGAGGAUGAGGAGGCUGAGGGGAAGAGGAAGGCUACUGAGACUGCCUAUGAAGCCAGACAGGCAGUGAAGAACACUCCCAGACGAAUGCCCAGUGUGGCUGUGGGAUCGCCUCCUGGGGAGGCCUCUCUUAACCUGGACCAGUCCGGUAGUGACACUCCCGUACCCACAACCGACGACCCCAGCUCCACAGGCCAGGGGACAGCUCUGUUCAUCCCCUUAACGGAGGUUUCAGCGUCGAGCAUGUCGGAGCCUUGCCUCGGAGGGCUGGUUGUUCAGAAGGCCACACCACCACCCUCCCCUUUGCUCUCAGAGCUGCUGAAGAAGGGCAACCUCCUUGCCACCAGCCCCAGACUGGUGGCUGACGGUGAGCUUCCUACCAUGACGGGAAUGCAUGGUAUCGAUCUCCAGGUGACAGCAACAGCAUUACCUGCCUCUCAGGCUGCUUCAGGAGCGCCCACUCUGUCUCGUCUGCUGGAGGCUGGUCCUGCCCACUUCCCCUCCUCUUUGGGGCCCCUUGCAGCCCCAGCAGAUGCCUCUGCUGCCCCACUCACUGCCUCUGCCGCCCCUGCCAUGGACCCUCCUGCCCCUCUCCACACAGGUAGUGAUGGGUUGUCAGGCUGUGGGACGAAGAGCCUCCUGUCCCACUCAGCUGAGGUGAAGCAGACCCUGGGCGAGGAGGACCUGGUGAAUGUGUCCUACAUGGAGGAUGAGCUGGACUUGGACACCGUGGGAGACAUCAUCGCCAUCAUGGAGAACAAGGCUCGUGAAAAUGCUGAGGCAUUGGAUGCAGCCGCCGUAGAGGCAGCACUGUCCCUGUGCGAGGACGCCGGCCACAGCCUCACUGGCCCCUGGGAGGCGGCCUCUUCCUUCAAGUCCCCCGACGCGGCCGACUCUACCCUCGCCGAGGGGAACCUGAGGAAAAGAGAGGCGACUGAUGCCACCAGAGCGGUGUCAGUAAGUGAUGCCCUAGAGUGCCGGGGUCAGACUUUCCCUGCUACUGCUCCUGGGUCAGUGGCACGUGCGCACACACAUGGCCCCGCCCUGCACUGUGACUCAGACUGUGCUGUCCAGGUGGUCAGGGGCGAGCAGCAGGAGAAAAGCUGCCUCAGCUGUCCCACUGUGGCUAUCAAAUGUGAGACACCUCCACCAAACACAGACUCUAUGACAGAAGAAGACCCUGCAUUAUUAAAGCUGUCCAAGGAAGUGAAGGAGGAGGAGGAGGAGGAGGAGGAGGUGGAGGAGGAGGAGGAGGAGGAGGAGGAGGAGGAGGAGGAGGAAGAGGAGGAUGUGGUGAGUGAUGGCGCAGAUGGAGGCGUGGGGGAGCUGGCGGAGGGCGUGGAGUGCGGGCUGGGCGAGGCCGAGGAGGGCCGGGGGGCCGAGGGGGAGCUGGAGCUGGAGCCGGCGGCCAGCGAGAGCGAGGACGGCUGCAGCCUGCACACGGCCUCCUCCUCCCUUCAGCUCCACGCCACGGCUGACUCCAUCCCCAGCAGCCCCGCCUCGUCCCAGUUUUCCAUGUGCAGUGAAGACCAGGAGGCCAUCCAGGCACAGAAGAUCUGGAAGAAGGCCAUCAUGUUGGUGUGGCGGGCAGCAGCAAAUCACAGAUAUGCCAAUGUCUUUCUGCAGCCAGUUACAGAUGACAUUGCCCCAGGGUACCACAGUAUUGUGUACAGGCCCAUGGACCUGUCCACCAUCAAGAAGAACAUCGAGAUAGGUGCCAUCCGCAACACGGCCGAGUUCCAGCGCGACAUCAUGCUCAUGUUCCAGAACGCGGUGAUGUACAACAGCUCGGACCACGACGUCUUCCACAUGGCGCUGGAGAUGCAGCGCGACGUGCUGGAGCAGGUGCAGCAGUUCCUGGCCACGCAGCUCAUCAUGCAGACCUCGGAGUCGGGCAUCAGCGCCAAGAGCCUGCGCGGCCGAGAGGCCAACCACAAGCAGGACCCCAGCGACAAGGACACGCUGCCUAUGGCGUCCCCUGCCUUCCUUCUCUCUCUCUUUGAUGGAGGCACUAGGGGGCGACGUUGUGCCAUAGAGGCAGACCAGAAGAUGAAAAAAUAAGCAGUGGUGUAAUGGUAGUGGGCGAGAUCUCAAGUCUCAAGGGGAGUCUGGACCGAAGACGCCACGGCUCAGAAGGAAGCCUUUGUGUUCCCUUAUCUACAUGUGUGGACGUGGUUCCAAUUCUGCAAACCCCUCUCUCCCGUCACUUACAAUGGCACUUAUAGUUAGUCCUCUGGAUCUGACAUUUUAAAUUUGGUUUUAGGCAGGGAGGAGGUGUUUUCUUUUUUUAUGAUUUUGUAAUUGUUUUCCUACAUUGUGAGCAUGUCUGUCAUAAACGGUGGAUGUAUGAUGUGUUGUUUUGUGCAGUAUUAUGAAUUACUGAACAUGUAGUGCCUUUUAGGUAUUGAAUGACUUAGUCCAAUAAACCGACUUCAGCAGUAUGGUGAGGUCUCCUCUCACCAUU